AUGACAGAUGAACAAAACGUAGACAAUAAGUCUAUAUAUGAAGUUCUCGAUGGUUACUCAUCGAAUAAACAUCAAAUAAGAACAAUAAAUAAUAAUUCAAAUAUUAAUAUUAAUGAUUUAAUUGAUCGUUUUAUGUCUGUAAUUAAUGAACGUCUUGAUAAUGCUCCGCAAUGUAAAAAUAUGUUUCAUAAAAAUUCAAUGCAAUCUGCUUUUUAUCAAGUCCUUUGUGAAGUAAAAAAUAAAACAGGUGAGACAAUUAAUACUCAACUAAUAUCAAAUACUGAUGAUCAAACAACUGAAAAAUUAAUGCGUGUUGAUAAUAUGCUUAUUGCUGAAGGAAUAUCUGAACGGUGUUCAUCAACAAAUUUAUCUUUAACAAAAAAUUUUGAUCAAAAUAAUUCGUUUGAUUUUACGGAUUAUCAAACAAAAUUAAAUCAAAUACGACAAAUUUAUAAUUCUGAAUUAGAAAAAUAUGAAAAUCAUUGUAAUGAUUUUUGUUUACAUACAGAAACACUUUUACGUGAACAAUCACAACUACGACCAAUAAGUGAACAUGAAAUUGAACGUAUGAUUAAAAUUAUAAGAAAAAAAUUUUCAAUUAUACAAUUACAACUUAAACAAAGUACAUGUGAAGCUGCUAUGAUUUUACGUUCAAGAUCACUUGAUGCAAGGAAAAAACGACGAAAUUUUAGUAAAUUAGCUAUUGAAACACUUAAUGAAUAUUUUUAUUCACAUUUAUCAAAUCCAUAUCCAUCCGAAGCAACAAAAGAAGAAUUAGCACAUCAAUGUGGAAUAUCAGUAGCACAAGUUUGUAAUUGGUUUGGUAAUAAACGUAUUCGAUGUAAAAAAAAUAUUCAUAAAACUGAGGAAGAAGCAAACAUCUAUGCAACAAGACUAGCUUCACAAGCUCCUCGUCAUAAUCAUGAUAGUUUUCCAAAUGGUAUUAUUCAUUUUAAUAUUUUCUAUUCUUAA